ACGCUAUAAAAUCCCUUGAUCCCCAGCCUCCAUGGCCGCAAAACCAGCAGCUGCGGCAUCAUCGUUCCACCUUACUCUCCAGGCUCCAGCUCCGACCCCGGCGAGCCGCUAGAGCAACGAGAACGAAUCAGCUAGUAGCCGCCCGCGUAUCUCCAUCAUGGCCGUGCUGGUCGCGAGGCAGGGGCGGGAGCUGCAGCGGUACAGCCAGAGCACCGGCGGGCGCAUCGUGGUGGGCUGCAUCCCGUACCGCGUGCGGUGCGACGGCGAGCUGGAGGUGCUGGCGAUCACGUCCCAGAAGGGGCACGGCAUGAUGUUCCCCAAGGGCGGGUGGGAGGUGGACGAGUCCAUGGACGAGGCCGCCCGGCGCGAGGCCCUGGAGGAGGCCGGCGUCCUCGGCGACACCGAGCCGGUCCUCGGCCUCUGGCACUACAAGAGCCGCCGCUACGUGGACCAGACCUACGAGGGGUUCAUGUUCCCGCUCCGCGUCGCCGACGAGCUCCACCAGUGGCCCGAGAUGGCGUCCCGCAAGCGCACCUGGGCAACGGUGCAGCAGGUGAUGGACGGGUGCCCGCACUGGUGGAUGCGCGAGGCGCUGGAGCGGCUCGUCGCGCGCCACGCCGUGCCCGUGCUGCAGUCUGCUCUCUGAACGAUUGGGCGGAGAGGAGGUCGCGCGCGGCGGCUCCGGCAAGAAAGGACCGGCGGCAGCGCGAGCCACCACGGUAGCGCGUGCUCUCCCUCUCUCGGUAAAGCGGCAGGCCGGCCGGCCCGGCGUUCGCGGGCUCGGAUUUGGGUCGCCCUCACCGGAGAGUCGACGUCGCACCGCGCGGCUUGUGCUCUGGCGGUGCUGCUUUCUUCUUGACCCCCUCUCGAGGCGCGGAGUCGUCGUUGGCAAAUAAAAUCAAACUGUUGUUUUUAGCGGGCAAGCGAUUGGACGAAAUGUAAAAAGAACGAAACAAGAACAGCAGCGCGAAAAAAAAACAAUUCACGAUUCUUUCGAGUAAAUGCAAAAAGAAAAUUGUAAAUUAGUAGCAACUCGUUUCUUGCCCUUGGUGGCAGGAUUGAAUAAACUGAUCGAUACGGGGAGCUGUUCAAUUC